CAGGCUGAGAUUUUUUCCAUCAUUUUUUUAUUGUGCGUGUGCUCUAUUGUAAAGGUAGAAUCGUAACGCUUCAUAAUUACAUUAAUUUAUUGCGAUACGCUAAAUGAGCGAGUUACGUGGUAAUUUUUGGUAGCUAGAGCUACGUCCACGCAGUGCACCUUUAUUUCGAUUUAAAAUCAACUUUAGCCUCAGGUAGGCGUAAAAUGGACUCGCAUUCGCGCUAUGGACGCAGCUUUUCAGGAGGCAACAGCGCAGGAAGCGGCGGUGGGGGUGGGGUUAACAACAGCAGCAACAAUCAAUACAGGCGCUACAGUCGCUCCCGUUCGCGAUCCCGUGAUCGCAGCAGGGAUCAGCCGGGCUACAGACGUCGCAAUUCGCGUUCACGCAGUCGCGAACGUUCGCAACAUUAUCGCAACACGGGCAGCGCCGACAAGGAUCUGUAUCGCGAUUUAAUCAACGAGGACUACAACGAGGACCGCGCCAGCAGCAGCAAUAGCUACAACAACACCAAUAGCAACAGCAACUAUAACAAUGCAAGAAACAAUUAUCACAAUCGUCGUGAGGUCGAUAACUAUGACAGUGAACGUGAACGCGACCGGGAACGGGAGCGAGAUCGAGAUCGAGAUCGGGAUCGGGAUCGGGACAGGGAUCGCGAACGUGAACGAGAUCGCGAACAGCGCUGGAAAAGCUACGAUCGGGAGCCCCGUGAGCGCAAUUCAGAAUAUGAGCGGGGCGUAGAGCGCAGUAGUCGCGACUAUCGCUCGCAUAACAAUGGCAACAACAAUGGCAAUAGCACCGUGGCUAAAGGCGGCAGUCGUGAUCGUGACAGGCGUUACGCCUCCGAUGAGGACAGCUAUGACAGCGAUGAAAGCGACGAUAGCCAAUAUCGUCGCAAUCACAUCCGCACCAGCAACGAGGCACUGCAUCAAAUAAUCAUAUUUGAUUUGAAAAAACACAUCACCGAGGCGGACAUUAUGAGCGCGUUGAUACAAGUGAACAUGGAGCCCUCUUCCAUACGACUGAUACGCAAGCGACCUACAGGUGCAUCACGCGGUUUCGCAUUUGUCGAGUUUAAUACCGUUGAGGAAGCAAAACGUUGGAUGGAUAUAACCCAGGGCACCCUGGAGCUGGGCGAUCAACGCGUCUCGCUGCAAUACAGUCACAAGCGGAUCACCGAUUGGCAUUGCGUUAAGUGUGGCGUCUUCAAUUUCAAGCGGCGCUUCUCCUGUUUCCGCUGCAUGGCAUCGCGAGCGGAAAGCGAAAGCAUUUUCUCUGGCGGCGGCGAAGGCAUCGAUGAAGUUAGCCCAAUUCUAACCAAAAAGAUCAUGCUGCGGAAUCUAGACGCGCUGACCAACGAGGAGAGCGUGCUAACUGCGUUGCAGAAGGUGCUGCCGAAGCAGGCCAAAACAAUCAGCAAGGUGCUCAUCAGCCGCGAUACGCUGACUCAGACUUCGCGUGGCAUUUGUUACUUACAUUUUGAGACUCUGGUUGAUUCAAUGGAGGUGCACAAUGCGCUGUCAUCGCUGGAGCCGCCGCUGCGUAUCGAUGAUCGUGAUGUAUGCAUCAGUUACUGCAUGGAUGCAGAGAAUCGUCAGCCAAAGGAUGUGCAAGGAGCUAGCAAUCAGGUCGGCGCCCUUCAAGGUGCCGCCUUGGACGCUAUGCCGCCUACCGAUGCUGGCGGUGUUUAUACCUUAGCCGAUGUGCCACGCCUUGCCGAGUAUAGUGCCUCGCUGUAUGCCUCUACGCCGGCGGAACAUGCGCAUUAUGUGCAGUAUUAUACGGAUUACUAUGUGGCUGAAAUUAAGAAGGGCGGCGGACAGUUCGGCGGCGGCGGCGGCGAGACCCAGUUGACGGAGGCUAAUUCAGGCGCUGCGGUUGCUCUCUCUGCCAUACAGCGCAAGCAGAAAAAGAUGAACAGUAUUGAGACGACGGCCACAGCGGCGGCCACGGCGGCCGCUCAGGCAGCUGCUGCCGUAAAAGCAACCUUUGCGGCCCAGAAUGUGAUUGCGCCUCGAGGGAAUGAUGGCAAAACGUAUCCGACGCCCGAUGUCUCGCGGUACCAGUACGAUGAGACGUCUGGCUACUACUACGAUCCCAGCACGGGCCUCUAUUACGAUGCCCAUUCGCAAUACUAUUACAACAAUGAGACGGGCGCCUAUUUGUAUUGGGAUCAAAGACGCAGCACUUAUAUACUAGCCACGCCAGCCUCCACACAGGCUGCGCUGCAGGAGUCGCUAGCGCAGGAAGCCACACAGGCCGACAAGGACGAGGAGUCGAGCAAGAAGGAUAAAAGUAAAGACAAAGACAACAAUAAGCACGACAAAGUCAAGGUGGCCAAGAAGAUUGUGAAAGACAUGGAGAAGUGGGCGAAGCAAUUGAAUCAGAAAAAAGACUACACGGUGGUGGCUACACCGCAGCCCAUACUGCCAGGACGCGGCGAUCCUGGCGAGGGGCCGAGCACUUCACGCGCCGCAACUGGCGCCUAUGCAGACGUAGGCUUCUCCAUAUUGGAAAAGAAGGAGCGUGGUAAGCUGAGCGAUUAUGUACCAGCUGCUCCGCCAAUUAACAAGCUAGUAAAUGCCUAUGGAGGUGGCUCCGAUUCGGAUGAGGAUAAUGGAGGUGCAAGCGCUGGUGCACAGGCUGCUGGCCCUGUCGAUGAAAUGGACUAUGUUGACUUCCAGAAACUCACCUGUCUGCUGUGCAAGCGUGCCUUCCAAUCUCACGACAUACUGCAGAAGCAUUUAAAAAUGUCCAAUUUGCAUAAGGAGAAUUUGGCUAAAUUAAAUGCGGGCAGCGCUGCUGGCGCCAGCAGCGAGGAUGCAGCGACCGCGGGCCUAUCCUAUCGUGAUCGCGCCAAGGAGCGACGUUUAAAAUACGGCGAGGGUGAUCCUCCGCCACCAAAUCGCAGUCGCGAACGGUUCGAGCAUGAGAUCGAGAAUUUACAGACGCGUCAAAAGGAUUCUGGAGCAGCACCUGCCAUGCCCAUUAGCUCAAACAACGUGGGAAAUCGCUUGCUCCAGAAAAUGGGUUGGUCGGAAGGUCAAGGACUGGGACGUAAGAAUCAGGGACGCACGCAGAUCAUAGAGGCGGAGGCUCGUUCGAAUAAUGUCGGUCUUGGUAAUAAGAGCGGCACUUUGGCACCUGGCGACGAUUACAAAACUUAUAUUAAGAAAAUGAUGAAGUCUCGCUAUGAGAAUGCUUAAACUCAAUGAAUUAUUAACAACUUAAGUUUGA